AUGCAACAAUCAUUAACAUCGAGUAAUAAAACAAGAAAUGAUUUUUCACCGAAUGCAUUGUUAACUACAACAAUUCAUGAAAAUAAAGAAGAUAUAACACUUAUUUGGUUUGAUCCUAAUAUUGAAUUACGUCGAGAUUCGGAAAAAACACAACAACAACUGCGUCUUAUUAAUGAUUAUGUCAUUUUUUCUUCUGAUUUCGAUCAAUGCCUCACGUUUAUUCAAUCAAUUAGUGAAGAAAAAAUCUUCCUAAUUACAUUGGAAACAGAAACACCACAGAUUUUAUCUUACACUUUUGCUUUUCGUAAAAUCGAUUCAAUUUUCAUCUUCAAUAUCGAAAAAGAUCGAGAUGACUAUUUAUUAAAGAAAUAUCCAAAAAUUAUUGGAAUUUAUAUGAACCUUGAUGAUUUAUGUAAAUCAUUAAAAGAACAAAUUGAUCUUGUCAAUAGACAAAUACAAACAUUUUCCUUUUUUGAUCAACAUCAAAAAUCCACUAAAGAUUUAUCUAAAGAAUCAGCAGAAUUUCUUUGGUUUCAAUUAUUUAAUUAUGUUAUUGCUCGUCUUCCACGAAAUCAACAAGCUAAACAACAAAUGAUUCAAAUAUGUAAAGACUAUUAUCAUGGAAAUACAAAAGAAAUAGAAUUAAUUCAUCAAUUUGAGCAAAACUAUCUAUCAAAAGAUGCACUUCUUUGGUAUUCAAAACAAUCAUUUAUUUAUAAAUUAGUUAAUAAAGCUUUAAGAACCAAAGAUAUCGAUUUAUUGUAUAUGUUUCGAUUUUUUAUUGAAGAUCUCUCUAAAAAUCUUCAACAUGAACAUGAAAAGAUUUUAUUAUCAAAUGAAAAUACUUUAAAUGUUUAUCGAGGAGUUAAACUUGAUAAAGAAGAAUUUAAUAAACUAAAAUAA